AUGUGACGUAAGACGCAGUCUGUGAAGCAGAAGUUUGAACCGUUUGGUUCUGCAAAAGCUGGACAUUAUGAACAAACAACAGGAGACGUGGGAGAAACUGGACUCAGAGUUUGACCAUCACCUGGUUGACAUGAAACCAUAUGUCCUAAAACUCCACCACAAGACAGAGCGCCAGCGAUGUGCCCUGUGGAUCAAGAAGCUGUGUGACCCAGCUGUAUCCGGCUCGGGCCUGAUGGGACGCAAGAACCGCAACAUGUACUCCCGCCUUCUCCUGCACAUGCUCAGAAGAGGGGUCCUGGAGGGCCCUUUCAGCCACAAGCCAGAGUCAGGCAGUCUCAGGACUCUACCAACAUAUAUGUCCAUCUACUUUGAUGAGCCUCUAUGUGGCCGGGGCCUGGAGCAGAGCACUGCAGUCCUGCCUGACUGGGUAACAGGAGAGCUGGGCCAGGGUGACGACUCCUGGGAAAGCCUGCUCAGAGAGCGGGCCAGCUCCUCACCCACAGCCUACUCUAACACACACAGGAGAAGACGGCUAUAUGAGGAGAAGUCUCCAUCUCGGCCCCUGGCCUCCAGCCCAGUCAAACGCUCUUCCGAAGACCACAACAAAGGGGUGGAUGGCCACAGGAAGCCAGUGGUGCCGUCUCCUGACGACAGUGACCUGGAGGCUCGCCUCAACAGCUGGAACCUGGGGGCUGAGAUGAAGACUAAAGUCCUGGAGGCCAAGCACCAGGAGGAGAAACUGAAGAUGCAGCAGAAGCACGACGCAGACGUGCAGAAGAUUUUAGACCGUAAGAAUGGCGAGAUCGAGGAGCUGAAGACCAUGUACAGAGCCAAGCAGAAGGAAUCGGAGGAGAGUGUGCGCAAGCUGGAGAAGAAAGUUCAAAGCGUGGUGCGCGAGUCCCAGGUCAUCUGCGAGAGCAAAGAGAAGCAGAUCGGUGAGCUGAAGAAGAUGUCAGAUCAGAGCACCGACUCCCUGAAAAACGAGUGGGAGAAAAAGCUGCACGCGGCGGUGGCGGGCAUGGAGCAGGAGAAGUUUGAGCUGCAGAAGAAGCACACCGAGAACAUUCAGGAGCUGCUGGAGGACACCAACCAGAGGCUGGCCAAGAUGGAGGCCGAGUACAGCGCCCAGACACGGACUACCGAGCAGACAGUGCGGGAGCUGGAGCUGCGUGUGAAGCAGCUGUCAGUGGAGGUGGAGAACGGUAACAUGCUGAGGCAGAAGGUGACCCAGGAGAAGGGCCAGAUGGAGAUCCACAUCGCCACCAUCAGCUCUGAGCUGCAGGAAGCCAACCGACGGAGGGUGUCUCUGCUGAGGGAGAAGGAGCAGCAGAGUGAGCAACAUGAAGACACACUGCAGAAGCUCCAGACCAAACAUGAGACUGACAUCAGCCACUUCCAACAGGAACACACACUCUCCGCUGCUAAGGCCUCUAAUGUGAUUGAGGACCUGGAACAGACAGUGGCUCAGCUCAGACAGCAGCUACAGGACAGUGAGCACAGGAGACUGAAACAACUCAGGGACACAGAUAAGAAACUUCAACAAGAGAAAGCAGAUCUGCAGCACGACGGUGAGAAAAAGGUGCGUGCCCUACACAACCAGGCGGAGAAAGAGAGAGAAGAGGCCAAUAAGAAGAUCUCCAAACUUGAAGAGUCACUGAAGGAGAAGGAGGAGCAGCUGGGGCGUGAGAGGGAGCGUCAGCGGCAGCAGACCCAGCAGGCAGAGAAUGCUCUGGAACACUUUAAGAAACAAGUAGAGAUCAGCUCAGAGAAGACCUACGCUGACAUGAAACUACAGAUGGAUAAGGUGGAGGAGGAUCUGACCCGCUCCAAGUCCCUAAGAGAGAAACAGGCCAAGGAGUUCUCCAACCAACUGGAAGAGCUCAAACAGAGAUACGAACAGCAGAUGUGCGAGCAGCGUGCAGGGCAGGAGCAGGAGAGGAUGCGUCUACAGCAACAGUACAGCACGGAGAUGGACAAUCUGGUCCAGCAGCGCCAGCAGGAGGUGGAGGCGCGGGCCGCCCUGCACCAGCACCAGCAGCAGACCCAGGAGUGGAGGCAACGCAACGCCCAGGUCAUCUCAGACCUGGAGGAGCGGGUGUCCUCUCUGAGGGAUGAGCUGCAGCAGGCCCACAGCCAGAGGAAGCAACAGCUGCUGGAGCUGGGGGUGCUCAGGGAGGAGGAGAGGCAGCGCGCUGCCCAGGACCAGGAGGCCUCCCUGGGCAGGCUGAGAGCCGAGAUGGACCGCAUCCGCCUGGAGCUGGAGAGGAGCCACAAGGCCGAGAGACAACUGGCCCAGGAGAAGACGACCAGCAGACUGAAGCAUAUUGAGAAGGAAUACGGUCAGAAGCUUGCCAAGUCUGCUCAGUUGAUAGCAGAGCUGCAGACUUCAGUGUGUGAUGCUAAGGAGGAGGCGUUGCGGCAGCAGCAGGAGAAGGAGCGACAGCUGGAGGAGGCUACAGCUCACUGGGAUGAUGAGAGGAGGCAGAUGAGCCGCCAUGCAGACACUAAGAGCAAGGUAAAGUUUCAUGGACAGUCUGCAAAGGACACUACUAUAUAGGACCCAUGAAUGGUGCACGCCACAAAGUAUUUUCUCACACUUUUCUC